AUGGAAAACGGCCAGCAAGGAAGAGAGGAUCUGGCGGCAGCGAACCGCGAGUUCUGGAAGUUAAUAUUCGGCUCACAAUGGAUGCUUAGUUUCGCCAAGAAGAUUGGUGAUGCCCUCUCCGACAAUGUCGAGUGGAUGGGCAUUCGCCGUCGAUCCGAGAGCGGCCCCCCCGUGAAACUUCUCGACUAUGCUUGUGGCUACGGUAUGGUGUCGAGCGCGCUCCUGGGACAAUUCGACGUCAUCAAAGGGAUCGACAUUUCCGAUGCCAGUGUGGCGGCCUACAACGAGAUGGCUCAGCAGUCGGGUGUUCCGCCUGGUCUCAUGGUUGCCGUUCAGGGCUCCAUACCCGCCAUAUCGACGAACACUGUGCUGGCUACGGAAGAGUUUUUCGACUUCGAUGUCAUUGCAAUAAGCAUGGCCCUUCACCAUAUGGGUGACCAAGUCGGCGUUAUAUCCGGCCUCUACGAACGGCUGCGCAGCGGUGGUGUUUUGGUCGUCGUUGAUCUGGCACCAGAGGCUCACGUCCACGAUCAUGCCCACGACCACUCUCAUGGCCACACCGAUUGUGCUGGGGGUAGCCACUCUCAUGACCAUUCCCACGGCCACUCUCAUGGCGCAGUUUCAUCUCAUCACACAAUUUCUAAACAUGGGGGAUUUGAGCCUGAAGACAUGAAGGCUCUUCUGGCCGAAGCUGGCUUCACUCCUGAAAGCUUUGGCUACAAAUUGUACCCCGACACCACGCCGCAUGUUUCCAAUGUCCCUCAGCAUGGUACUUGCCAGACAUCCAAGUUUAAGCCAUUUUUCAUUGCCAAGGGGGUGAAGCGAUAG